GUUCGCCUCGUCAUCACUCACGUCUCCUCUCCACUGUCGCUGUCUGAGGCCGAGGAGGAGUUUGAGUUUGCAGGGAAACGUGAGGAGGACGUCGCCAAACUGCUCCAACGCAGCGGACGGAGGAUCAGUCCUGAGGAGAAGAUGAGACCACGACAAAAAAGAGAAACUGCCAGCAGCCCGGUGCUCUCUGGAAAUCUGCCAUGUGACAUUUGGCUGCCAGCGCUGCGUCGUAAGGUCAAAGUGGAGGGUGGGAGGCCCCCGGUGCACUUUCAAUGGAGAUGCAGAAAAGCAACGUGCACCACCACCAAGACUUCACCCUCUGCAGCGGGUCUGUGCGUGACGGCAGCGGGUUUGGAUGCGCACACCAAGCGGCCGGAGAGCACCAGCAUGGGGCCGGGCAGGUGGAGACGUUAGAGCGCACGGUCGCCCGGAGGUCGAAGCAGCAAAACCAAAAGUUGAACAUGAGCAAAAAGAUUUUCCCCUGGAUGAAGGAGUCGAGACACAACGAGACUCACAGCAGGAGGAGCUCAGACUGCACCGUCAACGAGAAGUGUCCAAGCGCGACCCCGGCCUCCAAGCGGACGCGCACCGCGUACACGAGCGCGCAACUGGUGGAGCUGGAGAAGGAGUUCCACUUCAGCCGCUACCUGUGCAGGCCGCGGCGGGUGGAGAUGGCCAGUCUGCUCAACCUGCACGAGAGGCAGAUCAAGAUCUGGUUCCAGAACCGCAGGAUGAAGCAGAAGAAGGACGAGAGGCAGCAGGGCCUCAUCACGUCCUCCUCCUCACCCCCGUCCUCCCCCUCCGCCCCGGGCAGCCCCACUCUGUCCAGCCUGGGUUAUGUCCAUCUGGGCGGGGAUUACCAGGCGGCCUCUCCGCCGCUCCAGUCCCAGCAGCAGCCACAGUACCCGGCAGAAUACUCCAAAUAUCCAGCUCUGGGCUUUACGCACGGUCCGCAAUUCGAUGUGCAGUACGACACGCACGGCAGCGCGCACACAACAAACCAAAACGUGGACGCGAACGGUUCCUUCUUCUCUCAGAGCUGCUGCUCUCCUCAGGACAGAAUCAUGCGAGCUCCAAAACUGACUCAUCUGUAGCAGACGAGAUCCUCGAAAG